AUGCCUUCUAGUGCAUCCUCAAUCUACAUCUUUAAAAAACUUUUGAAACUGAAAAAUGAUGCCAUCCCCAUUCUUAAUGCUGGAAUCACGACUGCUAAAGGGAUUUGGGAAGAAGUGACCAACCCCGAAAAGGUACGAAGGCAAGGAAAAUGCCCGUUGACGCCGGAGGAAGUCGGUCUAAUGCUGAGGGCAUUGGGGUUUGGAAGUGAUGUUCACAUUUAUGUGGCAUCAGGUGAGGUACAUGGAGGAGAAGAGUCAUUGGCACCACUCAAAGCACUCUUCCCUAAUUUUCAUUCGAAACACACCUUUGCCACCAACGAGGAGUUGGCACAAUUUUCUUCUUUUUCCGGUCGGAUGGCCGCACUGGAUUAUAUCGUCUGCGAUGAAAGUGACAUCUUCGUCACGAACAAUAAUGGAAACAUGGCUAGAAUGUUAGCCGGUCGGGGGAGAUACUUUGGACACAAACCAACAAUUCGACCCAAUGCUAAGAAGCUGCACAAAUUGUUCAUGGACCGAAACAACACGACACGGGAAGAGUUUUCGUCUAAUGUUCGAACUUAUCAGAUCGGCUUCACGGGAAAUCGGGACGAAGCGAUGCCCGGGAAGGACGAGUUUCAUGAAAAUCCAGAUUGCUGCUUAUGUCAGACUGAAGGAGUUGAAACAAUUCGGAAUCAAACUUCUGUGGAUCAUGAAAAGAAGAACAGGAUGGAUGCUCUUCAAAUGAGUUAUGAAUAUGAUCCAGAUUGGCUCGAUGUUGAUUAUUUAGAUAGCAUUGGCGUGUACAAGGACCUGCCUUAUAGGGAAAGCAGUAUGUUAACCAAACAAGAACAAGCCGAACUUGAAGUGUUCAGUAUAGACUAA